AUGAAUCGUUCUCCAAACAAGCGACCAAUUGUCUAUGCUAUUCGAGAUUUUCCAUCUGGUUGCGGAACUAAUCCCACUAAUGAUCCUCCUCACGAGAAUCAUUCCAAGAAUCCAAGAACAAGUGAUCGUGUUCUUGUCGAGAAUCCGAGUCCUGAUCAAGCUGCUGCUGAUUCAGAACCUAGUGGAGCUUCUCUCAUAGAAGAACAAAACUCUAGAACCUCUAAACACCAUCGUGUUCUUGGAGCUACCAAAUACAAAGGAAGCUGUUCCAAACAAGAACCAGAGCUUAAACACUCUGGUCAUGAUCAUGACCAUGCUCCUACACCUCGUGAGAAAGUCCUUGAGGUCUUGCGUGCUUUCAAAGACGUUUACAGAGAGUUAGAUCGAAAUAAACAAGCAAGACGCGGUGGAGAUUCAUUCGACGCUACAGCUAGAAUAGAUCUCAGAGCACAAAAAUUCUUAGAGGAUGAAGGCAAACACGUGAACACAGAGAAGAGAAUCGGUUUGGUUCCUGGAAUCAACAUUGGCGACGAGUUUCAGUACAAAACAGAACUUCGUCUUGUCGGGCUACACUUCAAGACCAUGUGCGGGAUCGACUACAUGGACGUAGGAGGUGUGAAGUAUGCCACAAGCAUCGUUGCGUCAGAGGGAUAUGGUUACAAUGAUAAGUUUGAUGCAGGCGUUGUUAUAUAUACAGGCGAAGGAGGUAACGUGAUAAGCAAGCAUGAAAAGAGAACUGAAGAUCAGAAGAUGGUUAAGGGUAACUUGGCUUUAGCUAACAGCAUGAGGCAUAAGACCGAAGUGAGAGUGAUACGUGGUAUGGAGAGAUGGGAUGGUAAAGGGAAGCGUUAUGUCUAUGAUGGAUUGUAUUUGGUUGAGAAGUAUUGGUUAGAGAAAGGAGUUAGUGGUAAGAGUAUGUAUAAGUUUAAGCUUUGUAGGAUUCCUGGUCAACCUCGUUGA